CGCAUGUAUAAUUGAUUAAAUUUCAUAAAUAUGUGCAUAUUUUGAAAUUAAUGUUCAAGUUCAAUUUGAAAAAGAUAUGGCCUAUCGCUUUAAAAUUUAGUUUACGUAGUGGCAUCUAUUGGGGGAUAGUUGUAGUACGUCGUCUUUAGGUGGGCGUCAUUGGCGGGGUGAUGUGUAAUUGGAUCGAUUGCGAAUUUUUACUAUAGUACCAAAUCUUCUUGUCAUUUAAAAUUGUGCACUUGACCGAAGUGGAUAAAAGUGGUUUAGCGCCAUUUUUGCCUCUGUGUUCAAACUACAUCUGUGAUAGAGUAAGUUUUUCCUUUUUAUAAUCCUUUUUUUUACAAAUAUUCGUAUUUUGAAUUUUCCCUGACAUUCAGUUUUUUCAAGGCUGCCCUUGGAUUAAACUUUAGGCAACGUUAUGUAAGAAUUGUUUGAUGGUGCAUAGUGCAAAUUUCAAAGUACCAGACCACAAAAUGCAAUUUUAUGAUGUUUAAUUCAAUACUCAGACUAACCGUAUCUUUGAUAUUUUAUUUUAAAUCCAAAUGGGAAUGUAACUUAUAUAACCUAUAAAAAUCGAACAUGUCAUGAGUAUCGUUUCAUUAUCGACUAUGUCGAUAUGUAUCAUUAAAUAUGGCUAAUAAGAUGCAAAAUUAUUAUCAUUUCAUCUUCUGUUAUCUUUGAAAUCAUUUCGAACCUGUUUGCAAUAAAGUUUAAUUUUAUCUCGAAGCUUUGUCACGUGUAUUACGUCAUCUAGUUGGCGCUGGAAGGAACCACCUUGGCCAAAGAUCGUUACGAAUUCCAGCACGGGAUUCCGUAAAAGUUUCCACGUGGUACUUUACUAAGCUUAUUUUUUUGACGUAGGAACAUUCGUAUGUAAUCCAGUAUUUUUUAUCAUUUAUCGUAUAUGAGAUCUUAAUUAACUCGCACAACCAAAUCCGUAUCUGAAAAUGGGUGUACCAGCCGGAGAUGUAGAAAAAGGCAAGAAGCUGUUCGUGCAGAGAUGCGCUCAGUGUCACACCACAGAAAAAGGAGGUAAACACAAGGUCGGCCCCAACCUGAACGGCCUCUUCGGCAGGAAAACUGGACAGGCUGCUGGAUUCUCCUACACUGAGGCUAACAUCUCUAAAGGUAUCACGUGGAACGACGAUACGUUAUUCGAGUACCUGGAGAACCCGAAGAAGUACAUUCCCGGCACCAAAAUGGUGUUCGCCGGCCUCAAAAAGCCUCAGGAACGUGCCGACCUCAUCGCUUACCUCAAAUCAGCGACCAAGUAGACGAAAACACCUCGCGCGUUUUCACAUCUCUAACAUCAAACCUGUUUGACAAGUCGUAGUUUUCCGUACAGUGUACAAAGUUUAUUUCUUAGGUUAAUUCUUAAUUUGAGAAGGGCUCACAGUGUGUUACCUAAAUAAUGAUAAAGCUCUAUUUUUAGGUCAACUGGAAGUCGAAGAAUAUACCCCACUUUGUACUUCAAUGCUCCUAUCAUUUCACUUGUAGCUGCAAAUUGCAUCAUUUGUUUCAAAAGUCAACAACGAAUUUUGUUUUUUGGUACUAUUUCCGGGCAACAUGUUGUGAGGUCCUUGCUGUAACUCAUCAUCCAAUUUAUGUGAUUUUCCACAUAUUCUUGAGAGCAUGGUAGAGGUAAAUGUGAUGAAUCACCACUAAAUGUGACUUCAUGACACCUAUUUAUGUCACAUUUACCGGGUUUUUUUUUAAAUCUUGUUAUACUAACGAGACUAUAAAAAAAUCAUCACAUUUGCCCCGAGUGUUGAGUUAAUGUUUUCCGUACAAAGUGCGGCGAACGUUACGCUCAGUUAGCCAAUUCUGCAAAUUAUUUAUUUUAGAUGUACAGUGUGAAACUUUUUAUUUAUUGUUGCUGUUUCACGUAAAAAUGAAAUAUAACAUGUUUAAGAUCA